UGGCUCCUUCGCAUCCACGUGGAGUGAGGUGGAGUGGCUCCGUCGCAUCCACGUGGAGUAAGGUGGAGUGGCUCCUCCUUGGCAUCCAUGUGGACUGGUUUUGUUCCGUGGUCUUGUGGCCUUGGCUAAUCGUGCGUGCGCAUCUAAGUAACUGCCGCGUGGGACGGCCACGUGGGCAGUUGUCAUGAUGGCGGGUUUGUUAAUUAGAUGCACUCGGAACGUAGCUCAAGAAGCAUCUAGACGCUUCGUUAAUCAUCGAGCUCGACUGGCUCACGAAAUCCAUCAUCGGGUUGUCAUCACAGAUUGGGCAGCCGCCUUUACUUCGUCGGCGUCUUCCCGGGUGCGCCCAGCGCUUACGCCGGAGACGUCUGCUGCCUGUGCAGGCGGCCACGUGUCAGCUGGUCAGGGUGCCAGAGCGCACAUUCCGUACAGAAAUGUGGAAUCUACGGCUGAGAUCAACGGGAGGGUUUCAUUGCCGGUGCAGUGUGAUCAGGAAUAUGCAAUCUACUACGGCUCAUCGAGGCCAAGGAGGCCAUCCUGUUCCUUCAUCUUCACCUCCACCACCACCUCCUCCUCCUCCUCCUCCUCCUCGCUCAGAGGUUUGGGUAUCAGCGCUAGUGUGGAAGGCCCCUACCGGUCAGCGAGUGACGUGGCACUUUCCACGUCAGCCAGUGACGUGGCAGUUUGUACCUCACUGCCGCUUGAUGUGAUCCAGAACGGGCAGAGCCUGUCAGCUCGCUCGUCGAUCUGGAACCCCCCUUUGGCCCCCAAUUGCAAUGGUCCUUCUCGUCAGAUAGAGGCCGGGAACCCCCCUUUGGCCCCCGAUUGCAGUGGUCCUUCUCGUCAGAUAGAGGCCGGUGCUUGGAGCCGGUCCAGGAUGGCAGCCGCGUUGGAAGAGGGCCUGGGAUGUCACAAAAUGCACGCCAGCGUGGCUGAGCGGCUGGCCGUCAGGGUGGGGGAAAGGAACAGUCUGACUGAGACGCAGGGAAGGUGGGGCAGCGGCAUUGGAUGGUCUAGGGAACCGCAAGGUGCAGGAGCAAGCUCUGCUAUAGUAGUCGUUGUAGGAGGAGGAGGAUGGAGAGGGGGAGGAGGGCGGAGAGGGGCAGGAGGAGGAGGAGGAGGAGGAGGAGGAGGAGGAGGGAUUGUUGAGAGGACCGGGGGCGGGGGAUGGCGACGACAAUUAUCGACUUCUUCCAGCGAUGACAUGAGGCUGUUGCAGAGAGCAAAGGCAGCGAGGCAGAGGAGGGCUCAGCGAGAAGCCAAGGACUCUUUGUCGAGAGUGAGUGCGAAUAGAGGAGAUGAUGGGGCAAUGAUUGGUAACGCAGCGGCUGGCCACCAAGGAGACGCAGGGGCAGGGACAGUAAUACAGCCGCCGCCUAUCACACAGCCACUGAUUGGGCCAUUGAUGCCCCGGAAUCCUCAGGAGGAAAUGCUGGCUACCAUUUUUGCACGACCAGAUCUUAUCAUUACAAGGAACAUUGAGUGGGGGAAUAUUGUUUUCGGAUUUGAACAGGCUAAUCGAUAUGUCAUCAUUGAUCCAAGGCAACCGCAGACGGCUGUAGGGUACAUCUAUGAGGAAAGCAAUGUAUUUGCACGCCAGAUAAUGAGAAGUAGGAGGCAUUUUGUUGCGCACGUGCUCGAUGCGCAGGGCAACGAGGUUUUGCAGCUCCGAAGGCCGCCAUAUCUUGUCAAAAGUUCAAUUUACAUUGAAGUUGAUGGCGAGGUUAUUGGAGAGGCACAUGGGCGAUGGCAUCUCUGGAGACGGCAGUAUGAUGUUUACAUGAGGAAGAAGCAGUUUGCAGCUAUUGAAAAUCCAGGUUUCUGGAAUUGGACGUUUACUCUCAAGGACGAGGAUGGGGGUGUUAUAGCUGCAAUUGACAGAAAUUGGAGGGGCAUUGGCUAUGAGUUCAUGACAGAUGCAGGCCAGUAUGUGGUUCGGUUUGGAGACAUAAGUGAACAGCUUCAUCAGCCAGGUUUGGCCUUGGAUUGGGCGGACAAGUCCGCGCAGUUGCCACCGUCAUCCACAAGACAUCUGCACUCCGCAGUUCCCCCUGGGCGGCAUCCGCUUCCAGCAGCUCAAUUAUCGCAGCCGGCGGAGACCCAGCUCCAAAAGAUUCAGGAGUCUGCCUUGGAGGUACCUCAACUGCAAGUGGUGCGACCGUUAAAUCUGCUGGAACGCUCAGUGGCUCUGGGAUUGGCUGUGUCGAUCGACAACGAUUAUUUUUCACGGCACAGUGGGAACAUGGGAGUUUUUCCAAUGCCAUUUGUGUUCGGGGACGCUGCACAGAGUGAAGAAGCUCCUGAGGCUGAUGAGACCUCUUCCGGCAGCGGUAGUAGUGUAGAGUCUCCUGGAGUUGCGGGAGCAGCAGCACCCCUCGCUGGAGCUGCUGGUAGACAGACUGCUGCCAAGGGCGCUGAUGACCCUCCCGUAACUGAUUGGCCGGAAGAAACAACAUUGUCAGGAGAUCGCCUGCCUAGCGACGACCCAGAUGUUGCCGACCACCCAUCCAGCCGUUGGGGACUGUUCGGCGGUGAGGAAAGCGAGGAACGUAUCGAUGCUGACGAUGGCGGCAGUAGUGAUACGAGUGGCAGUCUGUGGGGUACCUUGUCAGACAUAUUUGGUGACGAUGAAGAGUAAAAUAGCAGCUGGGAAAACCAGAAAGGGGAAAUGGAAGAACUUUUGUGAGACAUGUAAGUAACUACUUAGCUGUGUUGUCACAGACUCGUCAGGCUUCGGUUUCACUUUUCAACCUUGCGUGCAUAGAACAUGUAGAGGGGAAAGAAGAGAGAUUUCUACGAUAAGUAAUGCAUACGAUGUGUUGUUGGGCGGAAGGCUUUGGUUUCGAUGAUAUGCAGGUUGAUGGGGGGAUUCUAGCAUGUGAAGAGCCCAUUCGGUCUUGUGUCCUCCAAUUUUUUAUUGUCAAAGCUUGGGAAAGGGCGACGAGGAAGUCCGGACUGCCUUGGAAAAGGUGGCGAGUAGCUGAAAGCGAAAAACCAAAUACAGCGAAUGCUUCUCCGCCAUCUCUCUUUUGACAUACUUGAAACUGUCAGUUCAAGCGAAGCCAAGUUGGU